CGAGCGAAGCAGGAAAGUGAUUGGCCGCGGAGGCGGCUGAUUUCGGCCGGCUCCGGUACUGCGUCUAGUUGGCUCAAGUACUGCGUCUGAUCGCUGUGGGAGUUAUAUGUGGAUUGAAAAAUCAGAUUACUCCAACCCUAGGUACCAUGUUUCUGACUGCUCUACUCCGAGGCAGCCGGAUUCCCGGGAAGCAAUGGAUCGGGAAACACCGAAGGCCACGAAAAGUGACCUGGGGGAUGAAGCAGGGUAUGAUUCGUAGGCUGGAGAUCGAGGCAGAGAAUGAGUACUGGCUGAGCAUGCCGUAUAUGACCCGGGAGCAAGAGUUCAACCAUUCCGCCGCCCGCAGGCGAGAGAACUUUGAGGCCAUAAAGCUGGCGAGGGCAGCCAAGUUCCCUCCGCACAAGCUCUUCGAGGACCAGCUCAACCAUCUCAACAUCUCCAAGAAGUGGUCCUGAGCCGCCGCCCCCCGCCUCCCGCCCCAGGCUCCAAGGACCUAGAACUGUCUCCUGGAUACUGGGAGCCCUCAGCCUCCUCUCCGUAAGCCUCGUGUAAUGCUCACAGCCCUCUUUUACUAGGUGGGUAGAAGUUGAGGGGAGGCUUGGAACAAACUUAGGACCUCCGAUUCCGGUGACUCCAGUCUAUAAGCCAAGGAGAAGAGGCUGCUAGGAAGAUAACCCUCAUCUCAGAGAGGCUAAAAAUGAAAUAUUCUUGAGGGAAGAUUCAAUAAAGCUACCAAAUAUU